GAUUGUCUCAAAUUUGAAUUUCUAAAGCAGACUCUUAUCUACCAAAAUGAAAAUUGGUUUGAUAUUACUCGUUGCUGUUAUAACGAUGAUGUGUCAAGAAGCCGAAUUAAGGAAGAUAAAGUACAAGUAUAAGGAUGGCGACACAAAGAUUAAAAUUAAAAUUAAAGAUGGGAAAGGCUGGUGGGGUAAACGAGAUGCUGAUAUCGAUACUGCCAACGAUAUUCAGGAGAGGGAGGUUUUGAGCUCUAGAAGGUAUGGUGUUAGUAGAAGAUGGUGGGGUGGGUGGAGCAGAAUGUGGGUGAAAAAGAGAUGGUCGGGUAAGCGAGACGUCAGAGAUGUUGAUUUCGAUAAUGCCGACGGCAUGCAGGAGAGGGAGGUUUUGAGCCCAAGAAGUUAUGGUUAUAGUAGAAGAAGGUGGGGUGGGUGGAAAAGAUGGUGGUUAAGAAAGAGAUGGUCAGGUAAGAAAGACGUCAGAGAUGCUGAUUUCGAUGCUGCCUAUAAUGCCGCUGCUAAAGAUGGUGUUUUUACUGAUGAAGAGAUUAAAUCAGUAUUUGGUGUUGAUGAAAAUGGUUUUGCUGAGUUCAAAGAAAAUUUUGAUGUGAACGAAGAUGGGGUGGUAGAAGUCGAGGAGUAUGAGACACUCGCCUCCAAUGAAAACAAAGUGAAUGAGACAAAAGAAAAAAGAUGGAAAUGAUGAUUUUGAACCGCCAAAAUUUGACCAGAUUUUAUAAUGUCAACGUGGAAUAAAUUAUUGCAGCAUACAUAU